UGAUGGCAGCCGUCUGGUCUCUUCUCGGCUCCUCGGCUCGUGUCGCUGCUCGGAUUCGACCUGUGUGUAAACACAUGUUUACUCGUGUGUCCUCGCAGCCACGCUACACGCGGGAGAAUUCCACCUCCCCAGCUGAAGGUCUCAGUUCUGGACUUGAGACGUACAAGGUCCUGCAGAAAUAUUUCAACAAGAGACUGAGGGCAAUGUACCGGAGGAUCUCCAGCACAACUGAUCACUCAGUGGUCUGUGGCCACCAUCAUGUGUAUUUCAUUGAAGGCGAUGGCAUCUACAGGAUGGACAACAGGCAGAGAGACCUGGAGCCGGAGCAGGUGCUAAAUGUAGGACAAGUCUCUGGAGGAGAGGAGGAGAGGGGAUCUAAGAAUGGAGAGAGGAAGCAGACGUUUCAGUGGAUCGUCCAGAGAGUACGUUUAUCCCCACAGGAGAAGCAUCUCGCUGCCACGUUAAGAGCGGCUCAUAGAGAGGAGCUGAGAUGUGUGGUUGUGAAGCUAAAGAGGGAAAUGACCACUUCUUUGGAUCCUUUACACGUCUUAACAACACUGGACAAAGUUUUCAGCUGUGAAUGGGCCACAGAUGAGAUCCUGUUCUUCACGACUCUGGAGGACCUGCGCUGCAGCAGAGUAUCUCGUCUGGACCUGAUCCCCGGUAGAAGCAGGAUAACGUCUGUGUAUGAGGAGACACGGCCUGAUGUGUUUGUGGAGGUCGCCCUUUCCAGAGACCGACAGUUACUGAGCAUCAACUGUAACAGCAGGACCGGUUCAGAGGUGCUGCUGGUCGAUACCACAACAACCAGCGUGGAGCCUCUCCUGGUUCAGCCUCGGCAGCCGGACCUCUUGUACCACGUGGAGCACUGGAGGAGGACGCUGAUCAUACUGGCCAAUACAGGACCUGGACAGGAGUAUCAGGUGGUACAAGCUCCACUCUCCAACCCCUCCAUGGUGUCCUGGGUCUCACUGUUUGCCCCGUCUUCUGGCUCUGCAGUCAAAGACAUGGACGUGGUUGGAGACCACUGUGUGUUGACUGUAAGAACUCCGACCAAUGAGCUCGUCCUGACUGUGAUCCCGCUGACUCACCCUGAGAAAGCCUACACUGUGCCGCUCCCUACCUGGGCUUGCGCCAUUGAAACCCAGAGACCAGGCUUGGCAGACCAAUGCAAAGUGUUAGAACUCCUCAUUUCCUCUCCAGUCCACCCAGCGGUGCCCUACUGUCUGUACCCAGAGGACGGGCUCCUUCUAUCAGACACUGAGGAUGGAUCCGUCCGAGAGAACCAGGAUGAUUAUACCACCGCACGUUUAGAGGCCUGCAGCCAAGACGGUGCCCUGGUGCCAGUCACACUCUUCCAUGCCGGACCUGUGGAAGGUCUGAGACUGGCGCCACUGCUGGCUCAUGUCUACGGAGCUUAUGGCAGAGAUCUGCACAUGGACUUCUGCCCAGAGAAGAGGCUUCUGCUGGAGCAGGGCUGGGCUCUGGCCUACUGCCACAUCAGAGGUGGAGGAGAGAAGGGUCUGUCCUGGCAAAGACAAGCUUGUGAGGAGAAGAAGCUGAAAGGAGUGGAGGAUCUUCACGCCUGUCUCCAACACCUCUUCUCCUCAGGAGUCUCCUCACCCUCACUCACUGCCCUCACAGCCUGCAGUGCUGGGGCGGUGCCGGUGGGGGCGCUGUGCAAUAGACACCCACAUAUGAUACGGGCCGUCACCAUGCAGGCUCCUUUCCUGGAUGUGUUGGGGACGAUGGAGGAUCCCAGCCUGCCUCUAACUUUGGAGGACAGAGAAGAAUGGGGGGACCCGAUAGGAAACCCCAAACACAGACUGAGCAUCUCCUCCUACUGUCCCCUUCACAACAUCACUCCUCAGUGCUAUCCAUCAAUGCUGCUGACAGCCUACAGCAGCGAUGCCAGGGUUCCUUUGGCAGGUGUCCUGAAAUACACUGAGCAGCUAAGGAAAGUCAUCCACACUCACUUCACCACAGAUCCACAGUCAGGAUGUGAACCAGCACCAAACAUCGUUCUGAAUAUCCAACCCGGAGCAAAUCACCUCGGCCCAGACGACUUUGAGCUGAUGCUGGAGGAGGAGGCCCUCAAUCUAGCAUUUCUAUACAAAGAGCUCGGCCUCGAGCUGCCGCGACGCAAGAGGAAGAAGUCGUGAGGCUUUCGAGAGGCAGUCAGGAAUCAAUAUGAACUUUUUGAGAAAGAAAAGACAGAGAUGGUGAUUGUAUCUGUUGCGGUUCCUUUUAAUUCUCUGACAUACAUCCCUUACAGAGGAGACACCAAAGAAACAUCUUGAUUUCUACUGUGAAACUAUAAUAACUGAACACCAGUGUCCAUUCAUGUUAGCAUUUAUAAAGUAUGUCCAUGGCUCCUAAAUAACAGGCCUUCUCUGAGACGUAGCACUGCUUGGGAUGGUUGGGAUUAAACCGAGUGGGUGCGGAGAACUGAAUCACCAAACCCUCCCCGACCUCCGUCAGGAUACCAGACUUCUGAAACACUUUCCCAUCGCUGACACCGUUCGUGCUCAUCAGCACCGUCAGCUGCUCCGGCAGCUCCCCAACAGACGAGAGGUCCGUGACGGCAGAUUCUUUGCCAAAGUUAAGGACCAUGAGGAAAGCUCGGUGUAGCCCGUCGAGCUCCCUGAGGUAAGAGAAGACGCUGGCGUCAGCGUGGACGAAGCAGAACCAGCCGCGGUGAAGCGGCAGCUCCGACUGACGCAGCGUGUUCAGGAAACGGUACUGAGACAUAACGGAGCGGCCAUCUUUUUUCUGGACCUAGAGGAGAGAGAGUGGCCGUAUUUUAAAGUAAGAAACACAAGCAGCCUCUGGCCAGAUGUUCCUCCAAAGUCGAACAGAACUGAAAGAUCUCUGUACCUCCACAUUCACGCUUGUGAAAUCCGGGUGAACCGGCAGCCAGGUGGCGUUGGUUUUGUUGUUGAAGCCUGCGUUCGUGUGAGCACUCCACUGCAUGGGGGAUCGCUGGGGGUCCCGACUGGCACUCUGCAGGGACAACGUUAAGUUUGACUUGAGCACAGACACUUCAACAUAUACACAAGUAUGUACAGUUUCCAUUCCACUACAUAGUGCUGUCAAAAUGCAACAAACUGGAAGUAAAUCCUGCCUUAAUAAAUGUUUGUCUAUUUUCAUUGUUGACACACAUCUUGA